AUGAGCUCAAACCCCCUUAUCACCGCCAACACGGCCGCCCGCGCCGCCCCCGCCCCCGCCACGGGCCUGGACGUGGACGUGGACAUGGACAGCGACACCAGCGACCCCGACGGAUCCGCCCUGGAGGGAUCUUCGCAGUUGUCAGCCUACGAAAGAAAAAGACUCAAGAACAUUAAAGAAAAUGCUAAAUUUUUUGCUUCUCUGAAGCUGCAUGAGUCAGCUGCAAGACUUCGCAGAAUAGCAUCUAAAGUACAGUCCCAUGGGAUCAAAAGAGUUAAGCCCAAAAAGGCAGGAGAUGAGACAGUGCGUCGAAGGUCUAUGCGCUUACAGAGGGUGGACCCAUCGGGAGUUCCACUGCCAGAACUUCCUGCACCGCCAGAAACAGUCAUCGAUGAACACCCUCUGUUGCCACCUGGACCUCUUCAGAUGCUACCUGCAGGUGAGAAUACAAGCAAGGUGUUGACUAAGGAGUUUCUGGAUAGCUGGGCAAAGAUAAGUGAGAUAAAACCAGAGGAUACAGAAAAGCAUGUGUAUGACAUAAAAAGAUAUGAAGACAGUCUGAGUUGUAUGAUCCUCAGUGAAGAUGCUGUUACAAAAGUUGUCAAAAACCGAAUCUGUUCUAUGGCUAUCCAUCCUUCAGAAAGCAGGACGCUGGUGGCAGCUGGAGACAGGAGUGGGCAGAUUGGUCUCUGGGAUUUGAGCUAUAAACCUGAGGAUGGAGUAUAUGUCUUCAUACCACAUAGUUACCCAGUAAGCUGCAUGUAUUUUUCUCCAUUUAAUCCUGCUCAUCUGCUGUCCCUGAGCUAUGAAACGUUACGCUGUGGGGAUGUCACCAACGCUGUCUUUGACGAGGUGUACAGAAGCGAAGAUGCCCAGAUGUCCUCCUUCGACUUCUUGCCAGAUAGUGUCUCCACCUUAGUGGUAGGGCGCUGGGAUGGUGAUGUGGCUGUUGUGGACAGACGAACACCGGGAACCUCUGCCGAGCUUUCUGCAAGCCUGAAUUCCAAGGCCACGAGGACAGUUCACGUUCAUCCAGUGAACAAACAGUAUUUUGUUGCUGCUGGCUCCACGAACGUUUGCAUUUAUGACAUACGAUACCUGAAGCAUGCCGGAAACAAACCUAUAUGCCUUCUCAAUGGGCACACAAAGAGUGUUGCUUCUGCGUAUUUUUCUCCUGUUACUGGGAACAGAGUGGUGACGACAUGUGCUGAUGAUAAGUUGAGGGUCUAUGAUACCAGCUGUUUAUCAUCUACAGUGCUGCCUGUCGCAACUGUUAGACAUAACAAUAACACAGGACGCUGGCUAACUAGGUUCAGAGCAAUCUGGGACCCUAAGCAGGAGGACUGCUUUGUGGUUGGCAGCCUGGCACGCCCAAGACAAAUAGAAGUCUACCAGGCCACUGGGAAAUUAUUGCACUCUUUCUAUAAUAUAGAUUACCUGGGUUCUGUAUGCUCCAUCAAUGUCCUGCACCCCACUCAGAAUAUUUUAGUGGGCGGUAACUCCAGUGGCCGUCUCCAUGCUUUCAAGGAUUGAAAAAUGUUGCUGACUUUUUUUUUAAAUGUGUUGCAGGUUCAGUAAGUAUGAAACUAUUCUUAAGCUAAUUGUCUUUGCUCUGGGCAAAAAGUGCAUUUAAAAAUUCUAAAAAUAAAGUGUAUGUAGUUGGAAGCAUUCAAUAUUUUCAUUAAAUCUGUAGCAGCUCCUUCCUAACAACAAAAUACUGGAAAAAAGCUGCAUAUAUAUGUACAUAUGUCAUGAUUUUUACUGGAUAGUCAUCAACAAUAGCUUGACUGUUAGACACUUUAUUGUGCUGACUGCCCCAGUAUAGAAACCCCAGGCGUGGGCCUCAGGUGGUUUUCACAUAUGGUAUGGUCAGAUUGUGGCUUUUUCAAAAUGUGUCUGAACCCAGACCUUGAUUGUGCUGUUUAUCAAUAAAACAUGCCAUUUUAGUAAAAUGUCUGACAUUGUCUCAUAAAAUCUUGCUCUCAGAAUUGAUUCACAUUGGUAUGGGAAGAUGGAUGCUGUCAGGUGCAUUGAGAAUUGGGCAAAGAAGUGAAAUGCUGCAUAUUGAGUCAGGCGGUCGUCUUGGGAUACUGCAGAAAUAGACAUCUUCAUUCCCACUUCCAAAUCCUUAACGAGCAGUGCUGCAAUGGCAUUCGAAGAUAGGCCUAAAAUGGUGGGUAAAAAGCUGGUGAUCAUCUGUAGACUGUGAGCCUGCCAGCCCGUUUCAGGUGCACGAUUAGUACAGCAACACCUGCAAGCACCACGGACAUGAAACCUAGAUGCUUCCUGUCCCGGAGAGCAACGGAUGCAGCCAGGAGCUAAACCCAGGGAGAGGUAGUGUGGUGGGAGGUUGGGGUAACACUGAAACAAAUGGGGUUUGGCAGAAGAGAAGUUGCAGCCAGCCGUUCCCUUUCCUAACUCGGCUUCCAGUGCUUUCAGCAUGGAGGUG